GCAGUCGCAUUUUAGGAAACGCUCAGCCCGUUACUGAGAUUAGCUCCGUCGUCUCGCUCGAGGCGUUGCUUCCUGAAGCGUUCGUGCCUGCAGUCCCCGCGGACGGUUCCUGGUGAAUACAUCCAAUCCAUCAGUCAGUGCUCUUCAUUUAUUAGCGCUGACUGCCACCGACUCGCAGAAGGCAUUUCCCUCUCCCCGGCUUCCAAUGCAGUCACACUUUACUCGUGAAGGGCCUUCUCUGGAUCACGAGGCUGCAGAGGAUGCUUUGCUCAGGCUUGCCUCCAUUAUUGAAACCAGCUCCUUGCGGGAUGCCAUCAAGGAAGUGCUGGAGGCUGUGCUCCCCAAAGUGGAGAGUGUGUUUGUGUACCUGCUGGACGUGCAGACCAGUCGGCUGCUCUGUGAAGACCCGCCCCAUGAGCUGCUCUCAGAGGGAAAGCUCAGGGAUGUGGUGACCCAGCAGAAGCGGGUGCAGUGUGCAGGUCUGCCCCCCUCUGAGCUGCAGGAGAAACAGCGGAGCAGCCUGGCUGCACCCUUACCACCCGACAAACGAGCGUUGAUCAUCCCGCUAGCAGACCAGGAUCAAGGCACAGUCAUUGCUGUUAUUUUGGUCUGUUGUAAACAGCUGAGUGAACAGGAUGAACAGCACCUCACCGUCCUGGAGAAACAUCUCACUGUUGCCUGUAAGAGGGUGCAGGCCCUACAGAAGUCCGCACAGUGGCCCCAGGUCAGCCUGUCGCCGGUUCCAUCCCAGAGCUCCCUCACUAAGGCUGAGACGACUGCGCCAGAUGGCAGCUACAGCGAAAUGGACCACAAGAUCCUCCAGUUGUGUGGUGAGCUGUAUGACUUGGAUGCGGCCUCACUCCAGCUCAAAGUCAUCAAUUAUCUGCAGCAGGAGACGCAGUCAUUAUGUUGUUGUCUGCUGCUGGUAUCAGAGGACAAUCACCAGCUAUUCUGCCAGGUGGUUGGAGACAAAGUUCUGGAGGAAGAGAUCAGCUUUCCGCUGAUGUUCGGUCGCUUUGGGCAGGUGGUGGAGAAGAAGAAACCCAUCACUCUGGGGGAUGUCAGUCAAGAGGAACACCGGCAGUUGAACAGCAUGCUGGGAUUCGAGGCACACUCCAUGCUGUGUGUGCCUGUUGUCAGUCGGGCCACCUCUCAAGUGGUGGCUCUGGCAUGCGCCUUCAACAAGAAAGGGGGCCAGAGGUACACGGAGGCGGACGAACGCAAGAUCCAGCACUGCUUCUGCUACACCUCCACGGUGCUGACCAGCACGCUGGCAUUCCAGAAGGAACAGAAACUCAAGUUUGAGUGCCAGGCACUGCUGCAAGUUGCCAAAAACCUCUUCACGCACUUGGAUGACGUAUCAGUGUUGCUGCAAGAGAUCAUCAUAGAAGCCAGAAACCUCAGCAAUGCUGAGAUCUGUUCAGUGUUCCUCCUGGACAGGGUGAGCCAUGAACUGGUGGCCAAGGUGUUUGAUGGCGGGGUGGUGAAUGAUGAUGAGAAGGAGUUCCGGAUCCCAGCCGAUCAGGGGAUCGCUGGCCAUGUGGCCACCACAGGCAAGAUCCUCAACAUCAAGGACGCCUACUCGCACCCGCUCUUCUACAGGGGGGUGGACGACAGCACCGGCUUCCGCACGCGCAACAUCCUCUGCUUCCCCAUAAAGGACGAGAAUAAUGAGGUCAUUGGAGUUGCUGAAUUGGUCAAUAAGACCAAUGGACCGUGGUUCAACAGGUUUGAUGAGGACCUGGCCACUGCCUUCUCCAUAUAUUGUGGUAUCAGCAUUGCUCAUUCUCUCUUGUACAAGAAGGUUCAUGAGGCCCAGUUCAGGAGUCACCUUGCCAACGAGAUGAUGAUGUACCAUAUGAAGGUGUCAGAAGAGGAGGUGACCAAACUGCUGAGCAAUGGUAUUGAGCCGGUGGCCAAGAUCCACCCCAACUUCGCCGAGUUCACCUACACACCCCGGUCCCUUCCAGACGACAACACGCCCAUGGGAAUUCUCAGCAUGUUUGAGGACAUGGGCUUCAUCAACACCUACAAGAUUGACCUGCACACGCUGGCCAGGUUCUGUCUGAUGGUGAAGAAGGGCUACAGGGACCCUCCUUACCACAACUGGAUGCAUGCGUUCUCCGUCUCCCACUUCUGCUAUCUCCUCUACAAGAACCUGGAGCUCUCCAACUACCUCGAGGACAUUGAGAUCUUUGCCCUCUUCGUGUCCUGCAUGUGCCAUGACCUAGACCACAGAGGGACUAACAACUCCUUCCAGGUGGCCUCGAAAUCUGUACUGGCUGCCCUGUAUAGUUCAGAAGGCUCGGUGAUGGAGAGGCACCACUUCGCCCAGGCGAUUGCUAUUCUCAACACCCAUGGCUGCAACAUAUUUGACAAGUUCUCCAGAAAGGACUACCAGAGGAUGCUGGACCUGAUGAGAGACAUCAUUCUGGCCACGGACUUGGCACAUCACCUGCGCAUCUUCAAAGACUUGCAGAAAAUGGCAGAUGCGGGAUACAAUCCCAAGAACCAGACCCACCGCAGCCUUCUGCUCUGUCUGCUCAUGACCUCGUGUGACCUUUCCGACCAGACCAAGGGCUGGAAGACUACCAGGAAGAUUGCGGAACUCAUUUAUAAGGAGUUCUUCUCUCAGGGGGAUUUGGAGAAGGCCAUGGGCAACAGGCCCAGUGAGAUGAUGGAUAGAGAGAAGGCUUACAUCCCAGAGCUGCAGAUCAGCUUCAUGGAGCACAUCGCUAUGCCCAUCUACAAACUUCUACAGGAGCUAUUCCCAAGGUCAGCUGAGCUGUACGAGAGGGUAUCUGCCAACCGCGAGCAGUGGACCAAGGUCUCCCACAAGUUUACCAUUCGUGGGUUGCCUAGUAACAACUCUCUGGAUUUCCUGGAUGAGGAGUAUGAGCUGAUGCAGGCACAGAGCCAGCAGAGCCAGGAAGCCCACAGGAUGAACGGCUGUCUGAACUCCAAAGCAUCCCUCGAGGAUCUGGAUGCGCGGCAGAACCAGUGACCAAUCUGUUUUUAAAACACAGAGCAGGAGACCCGCAAAACAGUAACACCUUAUAUUUGAGAGGAGAGGGAAUUACCUUCAGCAUCGCUUCUGACCUGCAGACAGCCAACAGGUAUCAGUGCUGAGAGAGAUGCUGCCAUUGUAGUACAGGAGUCUGUAGCUGUAAAAUGAGAAACAUUUUAAAUGGGAUGGUGUCUGGUUCAGUCCAAC